CCAUUCAACAACUUGAAGCACAACACAGAAGUUCGAAAGAAAGAAAAAAAACAUUAAAUCCCCAAAGGGGUAGUACAAUUAUUAAUUAAUAAAAUACGAUACAAGUUAAUAUACAGUUUGAAUAAUUUUCAAAAAGUGUCGAAAGUGAUAAUUUCGAAGUCUGAGCUAAUAAUCUAAAAUUAAAGUGUGAUUUUUUUGUGACAACAACAAAAUAAAAAAAUAACAAAGUAAACUUUUGGCAACUCUUUGACAAAUUUUACCAGUGGGCUCUGCCAAGCUACACACAACAGAAAUACAGCAGGCAAUGUCAUUAGAGGAUAUCAAAGCAAAUUUACGGCGUUUUCCAAAGCUCAUUGGUGGUCUUGGCAUUCUGACCACCGCCGGCAUCAUUUUCUACGAGUCACCGCAAAUCCGUAAAUAUUUCGCACAAUAUGUGGACAAGAAGCAACAGGAGCCGGACAAGCGCCGCACCGAAUAUAUCUACAUUAAAUAUCACAUUUAUCGCGAAUCGAUGCGGAAGCUGCAGCAGAAGCAGGAGGACGAAAAGAAAUGGAUCAGUGUCAUCAUCAAUCCAAUUGGUAAAUGGUGGAAGGCUGCCAAACAUUCAGUUGCCUGGCGCCUGCUAAAUAUCGCCCAAAAUGGCAGUCAGGCGGAACGGUUGAAAGCAGUACAGCAACUGAUCUGCAUGGAUCAUCUCAAGGAUUGGGAUUUCCGUCAUCUCGCCCAGAUUUGUGAUGCUCGGACUUCGGUUUCGCUGGCACGAUGUGGCGCCGAUAUGCGCUGGUUUAUGCCGGUGCCAAGGCGCGGCUGCAUCAAAAAUCCUAAAAUGCUGCUCUCCGAACUCCAUGAUAUGUUGGCCCAUCUCCGUCCAUCGCCCUGUGUCGAUCACUUCUUCAGCAAAUACUUUCCAGAUCAAAAUCAUCUCGACGAUCCCAUUGAGUUUUUCACACAGGAACAAAACAUAACGCUAUCCGUGCAGGACUCGGACUUGCUGAAAGAGAUAAUCUCGUUUCUGCAUCACAUAACCAAGGAUCCGAAAAUUGCGGCCAAGAUCACACACGGUGGUGGACUGAUGCAUUUAAUGGAGAUGCGCAAAAUAUUCGCCGAUGACAAUGAGACACUAUCGACCCUAUGCAAAGUCCUGGCCAAUCUAUCCUUGGUGCCCGAUGCCGUGGAGCAUUUCUUUGCCUCCGGCUGGGUAGGAGCUCUGGCGGAAUGGCAACAAUGCCCGGACUUGCGACUGCAAGUAAUCUCAGCCAAGGCAAUGGCCAAUCUCGAUCACGAUGACCCCAAUCAGUUCACUUAUCCGCCCAAUGUAUAUCCAUUGCAUCCACGUGUCCGCACCCGACGCAAACCCAAAGCAGACAUUGUCUUCAUCCAUGGUCUGCUCGGUGGCGUUUUCAUUACGUGGCGCCAGCGGGAUCGCAAACCCACCGAACUCGGACUCUAUGGCAAAAAUGCAUUCUACACCAGCGAAACGGAUGACGUCUUCCUCGUUGGCGAGCAGAAGCGGAAUGGAAACAGACAACAAUAUAAGCAACAGCAAUCCAAACAAUUGAUUCCCGCACAAACACAAGCAGCGGCGACAGAAGCAGGCAAAACAAAUGCCACCAAACCAACGGAAUCAAAAGAGUCUCUGUUGAAGACCAGCAAAAAGGUGGAGGAGAAACGUCUGAAUAUAAGCGAUGCGGCAACCAAAGAGUUUGUCGAGACACUGUACAACGAGGCCGAGCUGGAUUCGGAUUGGGAGGUGGUGCAUCCGGAUGUACCGCUCGAGGCGAAUGAGAAUUGCUGUGGCAAGUUCAGUGUGUCUGGUAAUGAGUGGAACAAUCAGGAUACUAGCGAGGAGUACACAAAUUGCUGGCCCAUGGAAUGGCUGCCCGAUGACUAUCCGGACUCACGCAUAAUUGGAAUUGAUUACACGUCAGCGGUUACGGAAUGGUCGGCCCACUUCACCAAGUACUGUCCCUGUGAGAAGGGUCAGGGACAUAUCGAUGUGCGUGCAAGCACGUUGCUCGAACGGAUUGCCACCUCGGAUGUGGGCAAUGGUCGUCCAAUUGUAUGGAUUGGUCAUUCCAUGGGUGGUCUACUCACCAAGCUGAUACUACUCAAAUCGGUGGACUCCGUCGAGCCGCAAGUUCAGCAGCUGGCCAAGAAUACAAAGGGUAUUGUUUUUUUGGGUACCCCGCAUCGGGGUUCAUCGAUUGCCAAAUGGAAGCAGCAUAUGCAAAUGAUAUUAUCGCCAUCGAUUGAAGUGAAGGAAAUGGAGGAGAAUUCACCUAAACUGUUGGAGAUGCAUCGCCGUUUCAUGGGCUGUCUGCACACAUGCCUGCGGCACGUGAAUGUUGUCAGCGUGGCUGAGGGUUCACCCACCAUGCUGACCACAUUCAAGUUUCCGUUGCGCAUUGUGACCGCCGAAUCGUCGCGCAUCGAUUUCGGCGAUUUCUUUCUGCUCAAAGACGAUCAUCUCAGCCUCUCCAAGCCUAUAUAUCGCCAGUCUUUCCUCUAUCAGCGCCUCCUCCACGUCAUUCGCGAAGCGGUCAAACAGGACGAAGAUGGGCCCACCACUACCGAUGGUUCGUUGUCAGCAUCGAACGCGGAAUUGUGUGCAAUGAACAUAUUUGCUAUGGUACUUAAGGGUGCCAAAGGCCUCGCUGAAAUCCUGCCACGCGUUGCAAUGCGCUUUACCACCUAAAAAAAAUGAAUUGAUUAUUGUUUAGAUAAGCAGCACAACACGCCUGUACCAUGAGAUUAUGCUUGAUGCACUCAAUCCAGCCAAUCAAACCACUUGAUAUAAUUUAUGAAAUUAACCCGAAAGUAUUUAUAUUAAGCUCUCGAUCGUGUUCAUAAAUGUUUAUACAUAUAUAUCUAUUAUUUCUACGAAUCUUAAUUUAUGACAACAAUAAAUUAGUAUUAACUAUGCAACUAUUUAA